AUGGAUGUUCCAUCUACGCCGAUCUUCCACCCUAUCUCAACACCAGGCGAUGCUGCCCAUGUCUCCCUAGAUGGUCAGAUCGCGCACAAUGAAGAACCUAUUAUUAUGGCAGCCUCUAGUGUUCAGCAGGAACACAUGGCCGCUACACAAGAUUUUAUGGUGUUUGUGGUCACGGUGUCCCUCACCAAGGAUUACGACACUUUAGCAGUUGCGAACUCUCGUUUGCCACCUGCGGUUGACCUGGAGAUCACGCCUGGGGCAGGAGGCCCUAGGGCAUCUCCAAAUGUUGACCCUACAAUACUGCUACUGAUUAAGCUCCUCACUAGAAAGGAGAUUAUGGAGAGUGCACGGCACCACCAGCAGCAACAGGCCGUGACGUUGCUGCAGACAAGGCCAAUGACGCCCCGCUCCAUGACCGAAGAUGAUGAUGUGUUCCAUUGCAUUGACAUAAGCUUACAGCCAGCACUUAGUCAUCCAUUGCUGAGAAACCACACGAUACAUAUGAAACCAAGCUCCUACCCAUCCGGGAUCAAGCUUAAAUCUCCGUCAGAAGCUACAAUUGAACAGGCCCAGUUGACUACCAUUGCUUGCCCAGUUGGAACAAUACCAAUACUACAAAACAGUAAAAGUGAUUUGAAGACACCAUUCAGUUUUGACCCAAUGGAUGAUACCAAUAAGAGAGGGGCGGAAGUAGCUGGGUGUAGAACAUCAGGUGAAAUAUACGGAACCCAAGUUUCAAUUAAUAUUUAUGAGCCAAAAGUGUAUGGAAACAAUGAUUUUAGUGCAUCGUGGGCAAUGAUGACCAAUGGCCCAAACGAAAAUCUGGAGGCAAUUGCUGCUGGUAAUAUUGUAUGGCCAAACUUUUUAGGUGAUAACUUCGCACGGUUUCAUAUAUAUUGGCAAGUUGAUGGAAUGAAAAUGCCAUGCUUCGAUCAUCUUUGCCCUGGUUUCGUGCAAGUAAAUGAGAGCAUUGGCCUUGGAAUGAAAUUACAACCUGUUUCGGUCUACAAUGGGAAACAAUAUGCAAUAAUGGUUACUAUAUCCAAGGAUUCGAAGACUAAAGAUUGGUGGCUAUUCUUUGGUGACAAGAAAACUCCAGUUGGAUAUUGGCCCCAUACCCUUUUCAAAUACAUGAACGACCAUGCGAGCAGUUCUCUGUGGGGUGGACAUGUUCAUGGACCGACGGUUAUGUCACAAUCGCCAGAAAUGGGUAGUGGACAUUUUGCGGAAGAAGGAUUUGGGAAAGCUGCCUUUGUGAGGGACAUUAAAAUUGUAAAUGAAAAUAAUGAAUUCGUCAACCCAGACACGCACAGUUCCUAUGCUAAGAGUACUAAAGAAGCCUGCUACAAUGUUGCAAAGUUUGGCUACAACCCUGACGGUAUGCAUGUCUAUUUUGGUGGAGCUGGUAAAUGUCCGUGGUCAUGGAAUGAAGGCAUGAUUAAGUCUGCUAUUGGGUGA